AUGGUUCCUGUUUUUGUAAGAUAUUUAGGCUGCUUAGUCUUAUUAAUGUUUUUACCUCAAACACAUUCAUUAUUUCAACGUGAAAAGUAUACAACAAGUGCGCUUUAUCUUUUAAAAGACGUUGGCUUAGGAGAUAUAUCUGGGACAGUAGCGGCUUUUGCAGAUUUCAAUUCUGAUAAAUAUACAGAUCUAUUUGUAUUAAGUUCAGAUCAAAGGUCUUUAAGUGUCUAUUUAUGGGAUCAUGCGGAUUAUAAAUUUACUAUAUCACCUUCGGCAAAUAUAACAAUAUCACAAAAUGAGGAAAAUAGUUUUAUAAUUACAAACAUAUUACCUGGAGAUUAUGACUAUGACGGAAAUUUGGAUAUUUUAGUUAUGGGACAAACUAAUCCAUCAAGUAACGAUAGAAAAAAAGAGCCGCUUUUUAUGAGAGUAUACUUUGGAUAUGGGAAUGACACAUUUAAUCCUAACUUUAUUAAUGUACCAUCAGCUACAUAUCAACAACCCAUUCCAUUUGAUUUUGAUGGUGAUAUGAAAAUUGAUUUAAUAGGACAUAGUUUUGAUAAAGGUGUAAACGAACUUUCGAUAUGGCAAAAUAUAUAUAAUAAUGGAACAACAGACUUAUUUCAAGUGAAGCCAUUACCUUUGCAACCUGCUUCAGAUGUUCCACCUUGUAUAUUAUCAGAACCACAUUCUAAUGCUUUCAUUGAUCUUAAUGGUGAUUGCAGAUCAGAUUUGUUCCUUACUUGUCAAGACACUUCUGGAAAAAUAUCAUAUCAAAUAUGGACGAGUACAAUUAAUGGAUAUGUGUUUAGCAAAUUUGGCGAUUUACCGCAAGGCGUUGGUCAAAUAUCAUUUGCGGAUAUGGAUGGUGAUGGAACAUUAGAUAUGGUGUUUCCAGUAUGUAACAAUGGAUGCAAGAUUCAUGUAGCAUAUAAUAAUCAAAUACCACUUUGCGAAAACAAAAAUUCUAAAAAUUGUAGAAAGGUAUCAGAAUUAUGUAUAGCCGAUGAUAAUUUCAGCUUUGAUAUGACAACGGAUGCGUCAAAUAGUAAUUAUGUCGUUUUAGAUCUUCAGGACGAGCUGCCAACUGGAGAAGAUAUUGUAUUACUGGAUCCUGAUUUUAAUGGAAUUCUACCUGUUUCUCUUCGUAUUGGCGAUUAUAAUCUUGAUGGAUAUCCAGAUUUACUUGUGGUCACCUCAAACGGUAAAGAAUCACAUGUAACGCUGCUAGAGUCAAUUUUAUGUACAACCCGCAAGUGUCAUGGUUUAGCGGCUGCAUCCCAGAGAAGAACAUUUGUCAAAGUUAAUGAUGGUGCUCAACCUCUUUAUAAUAUCAAAACUGCCAAAAAUGCAGCUUUUCUUGACCUUGAUGAAGAUGGAACGAUGGAUAUUAUGGUAUUCACAGCUACUCAUGGUAAAACAGCGGCAAGAGAUAUACAAAUGAUACACAACAAUUAUUUUAAUGAUGCAUUCUUCCUUAAGACCCUAGUAUUAAACGGAGUGGGACACAAACAGAAUUUUGGAGUAAAUUAUCCUGGUGCAGAAUUUAAAUUCACUGUACUUGAUACAUCCGGAAGGAAAAGAGCCAACCAAGUUGCACAAUAUUCACAGAGUGGAUAUUUAUCAUUACAAACACCUUAUUCGCUUUUUGGACUUGGUCGUACAAAUAAUUACGUCGAAGAAUUAUUCGUAGGAGUUUCAAGAAAUCAGAGUUCAUAUUAUACCAGUUUAGCAGGAGUAAUACCUAAUUCACAACUUAUCAUCGUUCCUUAUCAACCCGAAGGAGUUGAUAAUCCAACCUCAUGGUCAAUCGAAUUAUAUAUUCAUCCGGGUGAUUGGGUACCAUGGGUACUAAUGAUUUUAAUUAUUGUGACAAUAAUUUUAGCCAUCGUUGUAUUCAUUUUGAAUUAUAUAGAAAAGAGAGAAGAUGAAUAUGAGAAAAGAAAAGCUUCAAGAUUUAUUAAUUUUGAUGCCUUGUAA